AUGGCUUCACUCCUGCCUCUGACUUGUGUGUGUCUGCUGGUUCAGCUGCUUCUUUCUGCUGAGCGCGCGGCGGCAAUGGGAAUCAACGGCUUCACCGUCGUUGUGCUGCAGGACGAGGCGGCGGAGACGCUUCGCAUGGCACCGGAGGGUGCGGUCCUUCAACUUCCCCCGUAUUAUGUGCAGCUUUCCUCCAACUGGACUGUGCUGGAGCGAAACACGCUGAACCGCGAGCCGCAGGACGAGGACAGAAGAGGAGGGCAACUGCUGCACUGCCGCUUGCCGCGUCCACACACUGCGGCGACGGUGGCGUUACGUGAAGCAGACUACGUGCGACGGCACCAGGAGCGGAUGCGGGUGGCCAUCUGGAAGUGGCUGAAUGACGCAGCUCAGGAGGACGGUUGCGUCUUUGGGGAUGGGGAGGGGGCACUCACUGGAGUCGCCGAGUGGUACUUGUUUUGCCCACGGGGGUUAAUUCGAAAGGUGAACCGCACCGCCGUGGCGGCCCUCCACGGCGCCUCCCCGUCAGAGCUGCCAAGAGUCGUUAAAAGGUUGGUGCAACGAUACCGAGGCACGGGCGAAAAGAGGGGCCAUGACCGUAGACUCGAUCAGUGGACUUCUGUCAUUGGAGAGUACAAAAAACGCCUCACACAGCCGCGCUGGGGGGCGGAGCGACAGGCCUGGGAGCUCCUUUAUCCCACCAAUCGCGCCUGUGACCCAGGCCACGUGAACGCGUCCACUGAACGGGCGGGGACGCGAAACGCCGACAAGCAGGGAGGGGCAAGAAGAGAGGCGUGGGAGACCGUCGUCCGUUUUUACUGUCGACCAGGGCGAAGAGGCAGCUCGCUGCGAGAGUGGACGAUCACGGAAGUGCGACAGCUGUGUCUGUACGAAAUCGCUGUCGCAGCCUCGGUUGUGUGCGAGUGGGAGCAAGGAAUGGAGAGCCUGGGAGUGAACCCCAUUCCUUGCGUUGUCGUUUGA